GCAAUGUCUUACGAUGUUCGGUAUCUUGUAGUCAUUCCGGCGAACUUGUGCACGUGGUAAGUAUAGGUGCAGGAAGCUUAUAAGCACCAUUCUUGGUACGUUAGUCACAGUCGGUCACCUGAGGACUGUGGUGACGAAGAGGUUCGGUUCGCGUGAGGACACCUUCGAUUCGAGGCUAUAGACGGUACCACAUUGCUUCUCGUUCUUUGAAUUACAAUAAUAACAACAUCCGCGAAAUUUUUCGGACAGAAGAGCAAACUACAGAAGCACAGAAUCAACCAACAAAACAACUACAGCCACAACGACAACUCAAGCUACCUACAUCCAUCUCUCUUUUAAAGGAAGAAACCCACAUCCUCAAAAACAACCCCCCCCCCUCCCAAAAGAAAAGCCCCCAACAUGACCUACCAACCAACCCUCCUCUCCCUCACCCUCUUCUGCACCGCCCUCACAGCCUUCAUCUUCAUCAUCGGCUCUCUCGGCUACGAAGAAUACACUCCCCGCCGCAGCAACAGCAUCGAAGAAUCCCCAAACCAAAACCAAGAGCAAAACAACCCAAAUUCUCAAAACCUUCUGCUUCUGGAAAGAAUCCCGCUUCCCAUUCGAGAGAAACUUCAGGCUUUGCCUGCUGAGGAAAGGGAGGUUAUGAUGGAGCGACACGGAAAAGAGAAAGAUGAGGGGAGACGGGGAGAGGAUGUUCAGUCCGUGUUGGAGGAGUUUCGGGGGGAGGGUUUGGAUGGGGAUUUGAGUUGUUUUGCGGCGAUUUUGUGAGGUGGAGGUGAAAGGGAAUUUUUUGGUUUGGGAUUAGGAUUGGGAUGGGUGAAUACUGUAUUUUGGAAUUUUUUUUUUGCCUGCGCUUUAGCGAUUUGGUCGGGAAAGGCGGGGCGUGAGAACGGAUAUGGGGAACUGGUGAAAAGGGUGCAGAGCUUGGGUUGUGGUCGUUAGAAGCGAUAGAUGUAGAUGGGAAUAGGAUACUUAGGCUGUGAUGCUGUCCUUGUUG